GGGAACCGAUUAGCAGAAAUGGAAGGCAGAUCCGGAAUCAGCGUUCGAAGACGAGUGUAAUGGUAUGAAUCACGUUUUGAAAGGCCACGGACAUUGAGUAUCGUUCCCUUUGAAGGGACUAAGAUCGAAUCUGCAAUAUAAACUAACUCUUUGGUCUAAUUCUAAUCCUCCGCCAGAUGUCAGUCACCAUUCUUUUCGUCACAGUGCUCUUCUUCACGCAUUUCAUCUACGUGUCCUCCUUGUUAUGCUAUGUCUGUUCGUUUACAUACGGUGAAGAUUCCGGUAGCGAUCGAGAUGCAAGGUGUGCAAACAAGUCUCUUCUGAUGCUCAAUUUGGACGAUGCGGUACGAAAGUGUGCUUCAUGGGAAAAGUCUUGUAUGACAUCUUUGUCCGUGAUGCACCACUCGAUCGCAUCCGUAAAACGUGGAUGUGGUGAUGGCUGUUCAAAAAAGUGCAAACAUACAGGAUAUGGUACGAAUCAGGUUGAAUGCGAUGACUGUUGUAAGGAAGACCUGUGUAAUGCAAAUUUCUCUUUGAGCUACUAUGAAGAGGUAAUGAAGCGACAGUCCGGCUCCUGGGUAACUCCACUUUCUGGCGAGCAGAAAUGGAACAGAAAGAACAAAUUCAAGUUUCCCUACUAAAUGGUUUAAAAGAUCUGACCGUCGGAAAUUGACUCCUCGUUUGAUGCUGAUUAUUAUCGUGCAUGGUAUCCUGAGA